GUGAAGAGUUGUUCCAAAAGAUUGACAGUGAGAGCAGCGAUGAGUUGAUGUUAUCUGCUGAGGUCAGCUAUCUUGAGAUCUACUGUGAAAGAGUGAGAGAUUUGCUGAGUCCAAAAGCUAAGAACAACUUAAGAGUGAGGGAACAUCCAAUGUUGGGGCCAUAUGUAGAAGACUUGACUAAACUUGCUGUCACUUCAUUUGAGGAUAUAAAUGACCUUAUUGAUGAAGGCAACAAAGCUAGGACAGUUGCUGCAACAAACAUGAACGAAACCAGCAGUAGAUCCCAUGCAAUCUUUAGCAUUGUGUUUACACAGAGGAGGCAUGACUCCUUAACAGACCUAUCAACAGCUAAGGUUAGCAAACUGAGUUUGGUAGAUCUUGCUGGGAGUGAGAGAGCAGAUGCAACAGGGGCUAAAGGGGAGAGACUUAAGGAAGGUGCAAACAUCAACAAAUCAUUGACAACUCUUGGAAAGGUGAUAUCUGCUCUUGCAGAACAGUCAUCUCAGAAGAAGAAAAGGAAAUCAGAUUUUAUUCCAUUCAGAGAUUCGGUUCUGACAUGGCUUCUGAGAGAAAAUCUAGGUGGAAACUCAAAGACAGCUAUGAUUGCUGCAAUUAGCCCAGCAGACAUCAAUUUUGAGGAAACAUUGAGUACCCUGAGGUAUGCUGAUCGUGCAAAACAAAUUUUAUGCAAAGCUAUAGUCAAUGAAGAUCCCAAUGCCAAGAUAAUUCGUGAACUUAAGGAAGAAGUGUCCAAACUAAAGGAGCUUCUGGUCAAUGAAGGCUACAAUCCUGAUGAUUUGCAAUCUGUGUUAAGGCAAGGGUCUACGCACUUACCAAGGAGAUACAGUCAAGAAUUCCAUGAUGGAACCCUAGAGAGACUCAAGGCAUCUGAGAAACUGAUAGCUGAACUAAAUGAAACUUGGGAAGAGAAGCUUAGGAAAACAGAAGCCAUUAAGCAAGAGAGAGAGGCAAUGUUAGCUGAAAUGGGUGUGGCCAUCCACACUGAUGGCCAUACAGUUGGACUGUUUCAGCCAAGAAGGAGACCUCAUCUUGUCAAUUUGAAUGAGGAUCCUUUGAUGUCCGAGUGCCUUCUGUACUACAUUAAGGACGGAACUACAAGAGUUGGCCAAGCCAUGGCCAAGAGUCAUCAAGAUAUUCAGCUUAGCGGGGAGAAUAUUCUUGAUGAACAUUGUGUCUUAGAACACACCCAAGGUGUGGUGAAGAUAAUUCCUUGCGAGAACAGCCGUACAUUCGUCAAUGGAAAACUGAUAACAGAAUCCACAGUGUUGAGAUCAGGGGCUCGUAUUAUUCUCGGAAAUAAUCAUGUAUUUAGAUUUAAUUUUCCCGAUCAAGCCCGUGAGGAGCGAAUUCGUCAGUCUCGAGGGAAUCUUCUCGAGGACAUAAAUGGAAAAAGUGAGGGUAAGGUAGAGGAACCCGUGGACUGGUCAUUUGCAGUAUUGGAACUGCUAAGAGAACAGGGUUGGGAUGUUAAAGAGAUGAAUGAAAGGGUGGUUGAGUUAGAGGAGCAAAUCAAGAGAGAAAAAGAUCAAGCGGAUUUACUUUUAGAGCAGCAGAGACUGACCUAUGAAACGCGACUGCAGGAACUUCAGCGGCAGAAGGUUUCUCUGCACGGUUCUUCGCGUAAAAAGAAAAAACUCAUGUGGAUCUUUCCACAAUCAAAAACAGCACAAUUUCUCUUUUCUUCGAAGGAUACUCGCCGUGUUCGUCACGGACGGGCAUCAACUACUGAAGGCUUUGCCAAGAUGGAUCAGUCGUCAGUACCAUCCAGUGAAUCAGUGGACAGUGACAUAGAUGUCGACAGUUUUGACAGCGAGAGCCCGCUGACCGAACGCGAACUCAACUUAGCGGAAGUGGUGAUUGACAAGUGGAGAUGUUACGUAUGCACAUCACUCAGGGAUGACUUGUUGAGUCAUGCAGUACUGUUGAAAGAGGCAAACGCCAUCAGCGUAGAGUUGAGGAAGAAGGUGGAAUUCCAAUUCACAUUAUUAACAGACACACUGUAUACUCCCCUUCCAUCGUUUCUUUUGAGUGAUGUCAAACACAAGGAUAACCCCACCGUACUGGCUGUGGAGGUCAAAGACAUGAAACAUGGCGCCUCACACUUCUGGUCGCUUGGAAAGCUACGGGACCGACUGGAAGACAUGCGCUUUUUGUAUGACACCGCCGCAGAAACCAAUAGUAAAAUCUCCUUUGACUCUGCUGAUCCUUUCUACGAUUCACUGCCAUGGUUUAGACUGAUUGGAAGAUCGUUUGUAUACCUGAGUAACUUGGUGUUUGGUGUUCCAUUGGAGCAAACGGUGCCGAUUGUGAGUGAACUGGGGGACAUACAAGGAAAUCUAUCCAUCAACAUUCAGCAGUGCACUGAUAAUGACACUUGGCAGGUAGACGAAACGGGUCGCUCUUGGGUACUGUGGUUAGAAUUUCCUUCUGAUGAUCACGAACAGAAGAGUGAGAACGAGCGGGAAGUAGAAGAAGCGGUUGAAGCAGACGAGGUGCAGGAACCUCCAUUUUCCAAGGGGACACUUCAUGUCGGCCAGCCUUAUGUGAUUAGCAUCACUGUAAAGCAGGCUCAAGGGAUUCCAACUCAAUAUACGGAUGUAUUCUGUCAAAUAAGGUUUUUGUGCAGUGAAGAAGAUGAAGGAUUUUCCACGGAGCCCGUUACCAACAAACAAAAUGGCGGUCCUCUGGGUUUCUACUAUAAUCAAAAGAUUGGCGUUGUGGUAACAAGAGAGUUCAUAGACUACAUCAGUACCAGGCCCCUGCAGGUUGAAGUGUUCGGCCACUAUCAGCAUCACCCACAGCAUCAGUCAACUGCGCAACUUCCAAGGGCUAUAGUGAAGGAAGGAGAAUUUAGUUCUAAAUAUCUGAAAGAAUCUUCUCCUGCCGUACCUUUGCCAUAUCAACCCUGUGACGAAGAAGGAACUCUUAAGUUUGAUUUGUUGGUCUGGGUUGAGGUCUUCGAAAUGUCACCGUCUGGAGACUAUUUUCCUUGUGUUGUGAGGCGUAAAAAUGACACUCCUUGUGGUGGAGUGUUCCUUCUUCAUCAGGGAAUUCAAAGGCGUCUUGUUGUUACAAUAAUUCACGAGAACUCUAUGGACAUCAGAAUCAGAAAAGUCACAGAACUUGCUGUGGGUCGUGUACGUACAGCUCUCACCCCUCCCCCUGCUGGGGAAAGUUCAACUCACACCGUUUCACUGAACGUGCUGUCACCCCAAGUCCAGUCCCACCCGGAUGAAAACAGAUGCGUGUUUAGAUUUGAAGCAGCCUGGGACUCGUCACUUCAUAACUCCAUUUUACUGAACAGGGUGACUCCGCCUGGAGAGCUUGUGUUCGUUACCAUAUCUGCGUACCUUGAGCUCGAAAACUGUUGCCAGACUUCAUGUCUCACAAAGGAUAUUCCUGUUUGCGUGUUUGGAAGGGAUUCAAAAACCUCCUCACGGUCUGUUUGGAGUUUGUUCGGUUCUUCGCGACGUCCUGAAAAUGAUAAACUCAGCGAUAUUUUUGAGCUGGUUUUCCAUCCCGCUGAUGAGCACGGCCAACUAAUGAAGACGAAGAAGAGAGCUGUGAUCGACACUUCGAGUAUUUACGUGAGAGGAGAAGAAAACCUUGGAGAAUGGAAACCGAGAGGGAUAUCACUCCUUGAUGAACAUCAGUCACAUUUAGACAAACUGGAGAGAAUUCAGGAGGUUGGUAAAGCUCGUCACAUCCUGUGCCUUGGUGAGACACUCAUGUCCUCAGACCGUCCCGACAACGUGUUGGUUGAUCCGGGAAUUUUCUCAGCCGGUAGUACAUAUUCAAGCCGGAGUAGCCUGGGUUCUAUUUCAUUAUCUUCCUCGUUUCUAUCAGUUGCGUCACUUCCGGCUGGGAAGCCACUGCGUUUUACAAGAGAUGUCAAUCCAGAGCAAGUUAAAGAAACCUUGAUAAAAAAGUGUCUUCGUCUCCUAAUGUGGAGAAAGGACUUGUGUGAAGCUAAAGCUUUGAGUCGAGCUCCUUCGUCAGAGGGCAGUGCAAGUGCGUUAGGAAUACAAGAAAAAGAACAAGAAGAUGAAUCGAAAGUGGAGUAUUACGUACCAGAGGUGUUGCUUGUCAGGAAAAACCCGGUGACAAGCAAGCGUGGGUACCUACACAUCAUGGACGACUGCAGCAGUAGAUGGAGCAAAUGUUAUGUAGUUGUUCGGAAACCUUACGUGCUUCUAUAUCGCCAGGAAGGUGACCCGGUUGAACAGUUUCUGAUCAACUUGAAACAUUCUAAAGUGGAGUGCCCAGAAUACUUUGUGUCAUUAAGUGUAUUCUCAAUCCGUACAAGACACUGCAGAUUUCUUGUACGUAAUACAACGGAGAAAGAGGAAGAUGCUUAUGACUGGCUGUAUGCGCUCGAUCCUCUGUUAGUUGGCAGUUUGAGGUCGAGAAAAGGAAGCUCAAAACAUGGACACAAAUGAUGGUGCGCGUGUAAAAGAUUGUGAUGUCUUAAGAAAUUUUCGUUAUUCAUCAAAACUUGGAGAUUUAAUGAUAAACUUCUCAAAAGUCAGGAUGCUGUGUGUAAAGAUGUGCAUGGCAUCUUCGACACGAGAGGGGCAUGUCAUUUCGUCAAGUGUAGCGUAAACAACGGAAGUGUUGGUGUUGAAUAUGACGGUUGAGUAACAGCAAAGGGGUCUAGAGUUCAGAAGUUUUUAAUACGUGGUAAAUUUAAUAUAUUAAAUUAGAAUCCUGUGACUAUAUUUAAUACGAGUAAUGGUGUGAAAAAAAAUGUCAAUUUGGUAAUGUCCCUAUCCGGGUACCUCUUUCAACCGAAAAGUUUUCAUUUUGAAAAAUACGUUUAUUUGUAACUGGUGCUGAAGACAAAAGUGCAUCUUUUCAUAAUUGUAUCCAUAGAAUGUUCCGUGAAUGGAAUCAAUAGCCUUCGUGGGCUUACAUAUUUAUAUUUUCAAGUUAUAAUUGGCUGGCGGAGAACCGCCGAUAAAUUGAGGGGAUACUUGUGGUUAAAAUUUCUAGAUAAAUAAUAAGGGGCGGGGGG